AUGGGUUCAAUCGCAUCGGUGCUGCAAUGGCAUUGUCAGACGUGCGGCCAGAUCAAUCCAACAGAAAGUGUAAAAUGUUUAAAAUGUGGUACAAAGCGGGUAUCGAGUCAUGACAGUGGAAUAUCUAAAGAAAAUUAUAGAGAUUCGUCGCCGGAAUAUACAUCUCGUACUGGAAAAAGCGAAGGAACUACACCUGGAUCAGAAGCGAUCGUCAUACCAACUGAACAUAGCUUUAACAGCGGAUGGUCGUGCGUGGGCUCGGCACCGGAGGCGUCGCGCGCGUGGCGGUGCGCGUGCGGCCUGCGCAACGUGUCCGCUGCGUGGCGCUGCGCCGCCUGCGACGCGCUCGCGCCACACGCGCCUGUCUACAGGCUGUCUGAUGAUGAGGAUCAAGCUUCAGGGAUGACGGACAAAGAAAAGUCUGCUCAAGACAACACUAUGAUAAGGUCCAACACCCUGGCUGUCCCAUCGUCAUAUAAACCUACAACGAGCUACUCAGACGGUCGCCGACUGAACCUCGACUUGCAGUCACUCCGGCUGUCUCCCACUCAACUGACGGACCACGCGCACGGCGUCACCAGAUCUCUGUCUCACGGGUCUGUUAUAAACUCACAGCAAAAGUGGUGGAAAGUCGACGAGAGUGGUAGAGGGACCAUUAAUAGACCUACAAGUUUGAUGGUCUCCGAAAGAUACGGUCAGUGCAAUCCUAGAGAGUCGUUCCUUCGAAGCCUGCACACGGUGACACGAAGACCCAAGAAGUGUAAUGAGAGCAAGUCCAAUUGGGAACUGAAUUACGUGAAAGAGUACCAAAGGGAACAGAGUAGGGGACUGCAUUUGAAGAAGUGGUCGUGCAGUAAGUGUACUCUAGAAAAUUCUGGAAUCAGGACGCAUUGUGAAGCUUGUCUCUCGCCUAGAGUGUCUCCUUUAGCGCGAAUUCCUAAUGCUAGGGGACUCAGUGUGACGACUUUGGGUAGGCACGAGACUGCGGUAGGGAAGGAUGGCGCGACGUCACUCCCUACGUCGGGAGGCGUCAUGAUCACCGUCCCCGACUGGCCCACGGGAAGCACGACGCUAGGAGCUUCCUUCAGAAGAUCGAUAAGCGCACAAAAUUCACCAGAAAUCCGCCCAACGUACCGCCGGUCUUUUUCAGAGCAGACAAACGCGGAAAGACCGGUUGGGAAGGUGAUAUCGAGUCGAAGAAGUCUGAACGACUACCAGAAGUCGUUGGCGAGUUACUGUGGAAGUCUGCCAAAGACUGAUAUUCGGAAGGAUCAGAAAAUAGAAGAGAACAGUGCAGAGUUGAUUGACAAGGAGUGCAGUUGGGAUACGAAUGCUGAGGGGGUGAUAUACGCACUGCCAAAUAAGGGGAAGUAUAAAGAUUUGAAUCUGCAGUUGCAGGUGAACAAUAACGGGACGCGGUAUUCUUAUGUGUCGGUUCAGGAUACGAAGACUGUGAUGAGUAACUCUCAGAACGAAGCUUUGUACUCUAAUGAUAUUAAUGAUGGGGACUAUGCUCGUAUAGACGAGUUGUUGGGUGCGGAGAACUGUAUAUCUCCAGUGAAUGACGUGGCUUCCAAUAUAAGGACGUCGCAUAUAGGGCAGAGAGAGCCCAAGGUGUAUAAUAUGCUGCCGUCGGUCGGGAAGGUGUCUCAUAACCCGCGCGAGCCGAACAAAGUGCCUUCGACACAACAACCCAAUCGCGAGAGCCGCAUGUGGCAGUGCAACGAGUGUUGGUUUGCGUACAACGCGUGGUGGGCGCGCUGCUGUGACGUGUGUCGCAGUGGCAGGCCCCCGCAUGCACCCGUCACUCUAGCGUCCAGGGAUGUACUCGAUGGGCCGCAUAACAACACACGUCCGACCAAUCAGAGCUCAGAAGCGAGCGGUAGCAGUAAGGUGGAGAUGUCGAGGGAGCCGAAGAAGCUGACGGUGCCCAUAGCUUCUUUAGACCAUGACUUGAACAGUGACGAACUGUUGUUUGCUGUUGAUUCGACUCCUGCGCCGCCGGCCCCGGUGGUGACGUGGUCGUGUACGCGGUGUACUCUAGUGAACGAGUCCACGGCCGCCGCCUGCGCAGCCUGCGCGGGGUCUAGACCGCAACCACAUAACUUUUGGUCAUGUAGUUCAUGUACACUGCAGAAUCCGUUGUCCGCAAACCUCUGCCUCGCCUGCAAGACGCCGCCUGUACCCAAACAUGGACUCACUGUACCGACUAGUGAAUCUAAUCAAGGUGCCUCGGGCCGUAGUCCGUCUCCCCGCCGCGGCCGCAACACCCCGGCGUUGCCUCGACGUGGUUCUCGACACAAGACACCGCCGCCAGAGCCCAAAUAUGUUAAUCUCAGACCAGAGCCAUCCGAGUGGCCAUGUUCGGAGUGUACGUACGUGAACAAGGUGUCGGCGGCGUGCUGCGACAUGUGCCAGUCCCCGCGGGCCCGCCUGUUGCCCGUCGCGCCCGACCAGGCCUCGCUCGACGACGACGACUCACCGGAAGGUUCAGACGGCGAGAGACAAGAGAGUACUCCGAUGGAGAUCCUGCGCCUGAGCGAGGAGAGUCACGCGUGGACGCAGUGGCAGGAAGUACUGGCGCAGUGUGCCUCGACGGGAGAACCAUACGUGGACUCGUCGUUCCCAGCAUCGGCUCGGUCCCUGUACUACAGCGGGGGGGCGGAGGCCGGGGCUGCGGCACGGUGGCUGCGCCCCCAUCAGAUACAUGUCGAGGCGGACCACAGACUGCCCUGGGUCGUCUUCCGGGACCCUAGGCCUUCUGAUAUAUCGCAAGGCGUGCUGGGCAACUGCUGGCUGCUGUCGGCGCUGGCGGUGCUGGCGGAGCGCGCGGCGCUGGUGCGCGGCGUGGUGGUGCGCGGCGAGCCGGGGCUGGGCGCCUACCAGCUGCGGCUGUGCAAGGACGGCCGCUGGCUCACCGUCACCGUCGACGACCUGCUGCCCGCCAACAAGAAGGGACACCUCGUCUACUCGCAGGCAAAAAGAAAACAGCUAUGGGUACCGUUAAUAGAGAAAGCUGUUGCUAAAUUACAUGGGUGCUAUGAAGCUCUAGUGUCGGGGAGAGCUAUUGAAGGUCUUUGCACGCUGACGGGAGCCCCGUGCGAGUCGGUGUCCCUGCAGGCGGGCGGCGCGGGCGGCGCGGGCGGCGGCGCGCCCCUGGAGCAACUAGACAGGGACCUCGUCUGGGCACAGCUACUGUCGUCGCGGCAGGCCUGCUUUCUGAUGGGGGCCAGCUGUGGGGGAGGGAAUAUGAAGGUUGACGAAGAAGAAUACCAGCGCCUAGGCCUGCGCCCCCGGCACGCGUACUCCGUGCUGGACGUGCUGGAGCUGUCGGACGCGGGCGGCGGCCCCCCGACGCGCCUGCUGCGCCUGCGCAACCCGUGGGGCCACUACACGUGGCGCGGCGCCUGGGCCGCCGGCUGCGCGCGCUGGACGCCCGCCGCCAGGGCCGCGCUCACGCAGCACCACCACGACAAGGACCAAGGGGUCUUCUGGAUCAGCUUCGACGACGUGCUCAAGUACUUCGACUGCAUAGACAUAUGUAAAGUGCGCGUGGGAUGGCAUGAAGUCCGCCUGGCGGGUAUAUUGCCCCCAAUGUCCUCAACACGGCAUCUAACCUGUCUACUCCUCACUGCCAGCCAACCCACUGAAGUAGACUUCACUCUCUUUCAAGAAGGACAGAGGAAUUCAGAGAAAAGUCAGCGUUCACAGUUGGAUCUGUGUGUCGUUGUGUUCCGAACGAAGUCGGGACCCAAUGCGCAAGUCGGGAAACUUGUUGCGCAUAGUAAGAGACAGGUGCGAGGCUUCGUGGGCUGCCACAAGAUGUUAGAAAAGGGCUUCUACCUAGUGGUGUGCCUGGCGUUCAACCACUGGCACACGGGGCUGGAGGCGGCCGGGCGCGCCGCCUGGCCGCGCCACGUGCUGGCCGCGCACUCCAGCAAGCCGCUGGCCGUGGCGCGCCCCGCGCUGCACCCGCAUCUACUGGCCGACGCCAUCAUCGGCCUCACGCUCGCACGGGGACAGAGGCACGAAGGCCGGCAGGGCAUGACUGCGUAUUAUCUCACUAAGGGCUGGGCCGGACUAGUAGUAAUGGUAGAAAACAGACACACCGACAAAUGGAUCCACGUGAAGUGUGAUUGCCAGGAGAGUUACAACGUCGUGUCCACUCGGGGUGAACUGAAGACUAUCGACUCUGUACCUCCACUGCAUAGACAAGUAAUAAUAGUUCUAACUCAGUUAGAAGGUAGCGGGGGCUUCAGUAUAGCGCAUCGACUGACACAUCGUUUAGCCGCAGGGGCCCGGCUGCAGGACUGGGCCCCUCACAACUCCCACAGCGAGGACGAGCCCAGACACAGGCCCCCGCUCGCUCGCCGACUCUACGGACUUCAUGCACCCCGACUUAUCACAUAG